AUGGUUCCAACUUGCUUUAGAUUCAGUCCCAUAGAUGAAGAGCUGAUAGAAAUCCUGCACCAGAAAGUAUCUGGGAAUAUUGCCAUGGCGCCUUUCGAUUUCAUUGUUGAAAGAAAUAUUUAUGAUUCAGAGCCACAAGAUCUUCAUUGGACUCAAAAUGUGGCUUUAAACAAGAAUGAAAGGUAUUAUUAUUGUAAGAGGGAGAGUGACUCAAGAGAAGUGACAGGUCGUGGAUGGUGGAAGGCAACGAGCCAUGUGAAGACAAUUUGUGCUAAAGGACAAGUGCUGGGUUAUAAAAGACCCCUAACUUUUCACAGGUUUAAGGAUAACAAAAGAAACCGCAAACAUGCUAUCAAGACAGACUGGAUCAUGCAUGAAUAUGGCCUCAAAUCUAUUCCAACGGAGUGGAGACUAUGUAAGAUUAAGUACAAAGGAAAAGAAAAGCUUAAAGAAGACAUGACAUCGAUGGAGAAUAUCAGAAACAAUGCUACUCCAUUGAUGAGUUUAGAAGCUGGAGGUUGCAGCAGUUCCACAAACAUAAAUCCCAUCCAGUUGGAGUUUGCUUUUGAGGAGCAGCAGCCAUUACCUGUAAACAACGAUUAUGAAAAUGAAUUUUGGUCAACCUCAAGCAUAAUAUUUGAUGAUCAGCAGCAGGAAUUGGGCCAGCCAUCCUCAUUACUUGAUGCAAGUUCUUCCAUGCUAAUAGUUACCCCAAGCUAUGGUCAAGGUCACUUUGCCCUAUCAGACCCCAGGGAGCAACCAUUUACGGACCUAUGGUCUUGGGAGAAUUGGCAUUAAAUUCACCCCUGUUUAUACCCUGAAGCAGCCCAUGUAGCUUUCUAAGGGGUUUAUACCAUAAGGGGUUUUAGC